CUCUCUCUCUCUCUGUGGAUUAACUGCUACAUUUGUUUCCUUCUCGGAGCCGUGAUGUUUCACACGAACUGCCACCGCCGCUGAGGACGUGUGCGGAAUCUGAUUAAAUCGAAGCGAGUUUGCGGUUUCACUCGUCCAUAGCGAGCUGGCUGCGGCUGGGAUGUUCUCCAGCGGGAUGCUGCAGCAGAGCAGCCUGGGAAACAAGCGCUCAAAUAUGGGCAUUACGCGACUCUCCAGCUCACACUUCUUUCCCCCAGGAUCAGAAUCAAGUUCACGAGCCUCGAUAUCUGGCUUGAUUAAGAGCGACUCCCUGAGCUCUAUCAGCUCAGACCCGGAAUACAUCAUGCAGCUUGUCAAUGAUGUCCGGAAAUUCGCAGAUGUGUUGCUUCGCCUCAAGGAAGCGUUUAACUUCAAAGAGCGCCAGGACAGUCUGCACCAGGUGGUUCAUGAGCGUCUGGGCGAGCUGCUGCGUGUGUUGAAGUGUGUGAUCGCUAAACACCCCACACUCAACUCGGUGGACAUCCUCACUGCAGCGGGCACGCUCAUCGCCAAGGUCAAAGGUGUGAACUUCAAGGAGGUGAAUGAGGACAACAAGCGGGAGCUGCUCCGAGAGAUUUACUCGUCCAUAGACACGCUGGCCUUCACCUUCGGCAAUGUAGUGUCCGACUUCCUUAUGGGCGAUGUAGAGAACGGAUCGUCUUUGCGGCUCGCCCCGACCCGCAGGAGCAGGUCGUCAGAGAACCUGUCAGUGGACCUGGGUGGAGACGGUGCAGAGAAGAAUGACCCUCCAGGUCCCGCCUCCCCCCUGCGGGUGCUGGAGCUGGACGAUGUUCUGCGGCGCAGCGAGAGUGGUGUGGAGUCGGCCCUCCUGUACGCCAAAGCCUGGUCCAAAUACACCAAGGAGCUCCUCAACUGGGUGGAGAAACGCCUUAGUAUGGAUGUGGAGUGCGCCAAAAGCCUCGCCAAGAUGGCCGAGUCGGCGAAGACGCUCGCCAGCCAGCAGGACCACAUGCCAUUCCGUGAUAUUUACAUUUCUGCCUUUAAGAACGAUAUUGACUACAGCCAGGUGCUGCUGCACACAGCCUCCGCUCUCCAGGCCAACAAAUUCAUGCAGCCUCUCCUGGCGCGGAAGAACGAGCUGGAUAAACUGAGGAAGGAGAUGAAGGAGCAGUGGCAGCGAGAGCAGAAGAAAGUGCAUGAGGCUGAGAGCGCUCUGAAGAAAGCUCGUCUGCUGAAGGAUCAGAGACAGGACGAGUACGAGCGAGCACGCAGCUCCACCAGCCGGGCGGAGGAGGACCAGCUCGGGACAGGGGGCAAACAGCUGGAGAAGAGACGCAGGCUGGAGGAUGAAGCGCUGCAGAAAGCUGAAGAGGCCAGAGAGCACUACAGACACUGCAUCACCGACGUGAGUGUGAAGAAGCUCGACCUGGCCAACGCGAAGAGCGACAUCCUCGCCCAGAUCCGCGCUCUCGUCUUUCAGUGUGACCUGACGCUCAAAGCGGUGACAGUGAACUGGUUCCAGAUGCAGCAGGCCCAGGCCAUGUCCCUGCCCGUGAAUAACCAGACCCUGUGUGAGAGCGCGAAGCUGUACGAGCCCGGGCAGCGCUACACCGAGUUCGUGAAGAGCCUGGGUCCGGACCGGAACCGGGUCGAGUCGUUCGCCGACCACGUGACCGGGUCUCAGGGCGCCGGCUCUCCUCUCACCAAGAGGUCUCUCAGCACCAGCAUGUCGUCUCAGAUGUCCAUCGUCUCGGGGGACUGUCUCAGCUCGGACGAGGUGGACGCUCUGGCUCAAGGACGCACGGGCAAAAUUGCAGAGAGACGCUCGCACAGCAGCACCGACAUUCACGCUCUUCGGAUCCAGGUUCCCUUUAAACCCUGGACUACGGCGGGGCAGGGAGGUGGCAUGUGCAGCGACUCAGAGAGCGCCGGGGGCAGCAGCGAGUCUCGAUCGAUGGACUCACCUACUGCUAGUCCAGGGGAUUUUAAAAGGAGGCUUCCUAGGACACCGUCCACUGGGACAAUGUCUUCAGCAGACGACCUGGACGAGAGAGAGCCGCCUUCGCCUUCUGAUAACGGUUUGAGCGAGAUGGUGACGGAGACGGCGAGCUCCCCCGGACCUUUCCGGAACACGCAGAUGUCGAAGGCGGCGCAGACCCACAAGCUGCGGAAACUGCGAGCUCCGUCUAAGUGCAGGGAAUGCGACAGUCUGGUGGUGUUUCACGGCGCAGAGUGCGAGGAGUGCUCUCUGGCCUGCCAUAAGAAGUGUUUAGAGACGUUGGCCAUCCAGUGCGGUCAUAAGAAGCUGCAGGGGAAGCUGCACUUGUUUGCUGUGGACUUCGCCCAGGCGGCCAGAAAUAGCCCCGAUGGAAUCCCUUUCAUCAUCAAGAAGUGUACUUCAGAGAUCGAGAACAGGGCUUUGGGUAUUAAGGGAAUUUACAGGGUGAACGGAGCCAAGUCACGUGUCGAGAAGCUGUGCCAGGCUUUCGAGAACGGCAAAGAUUUGGUGGAGCUGUCAGAUCUGUACCCUCACGACAUCAGCAAUGUGCUCAAACUCUACCUGCGCCAGCUUCCCGAGCCUCUCAUCCUCUUCCGUUACUAUAAUGACUUCAUCGGUCUGGCGAAAGAGAGUCAGAGCAUCAUCAUGGAGGAGGUGGAGGCAUCUCGCAGCGGUUCCUCCUCGGAUCCUCGGCAGAUCAGCAUGGAUCUCAAACGCGUUCUCUUCAAAAUAAAGGACCUCCUGAGACAGCUGCCGUCUACACAUCACAAAACCCUGCAGUUCCUGAUGCAGCACCUGCACAGAGUAACAGAGAAAGCAGAUGAGAACAAGAUGACCGCCAGUAACCUCGGCAUCAUCUUCGGCCCGACGCUGAUCAAGCCGCGGCAGACGGACGCCGAGGUGUCGCUCUCGUCGCUGGUGGAUUAUCCGUACCAGGCGCUGAUGGUAGAACUGCUCAUCAGACAUUACGAGUUAAUCUUCGAUUCCCCGCUCAGCCCCGUGGACGGGAACUCGCCUCUGCCUAUCAAAUCCCGCUUCACGCCUCAGGAAAAGGAGCAGCGCCUGAACCGCCACUCCAGAUCCCUGCUGGACAUUAAAGAGCAGCACCACAGCGCUAAGGCCUAUAAAAGGCACUCGUCUGUGAUUCCCUCUACACACCUGCUGGAGGAAGUGAAGGAGGUGAAAGCAAUGCCUGAUGUGACAGAUUUCGCUCCAGCCGAGCCGGAGAACGUGAACGGCGUGCUCUCCUCGAGCGCCCCCGAAGUGCGGAACUCGCCUCGACUUGUUCGUCAGAACCACGUCACCCGAGUGCAGCUUCGGCCACGUCCCAAAACCAGCUCGCGUCCCAUGAGCAUGCCUCCCGAGCGGCUCCUGAACGCCCGCAACUCCACCUCGGAACCCACGGUGCUGAAAGGUCAUGACCCUGCCAUCGAAGAGGUUUCUGAAGAGGAAAAACCCAAAGGCAGAGCUGCUAAUCAUUACAGGAACACAUAUAUAGAUACAAACACUCUGCGCAGGACGUGGGACAAACAAUACAAACACUACGGCAUCACUCCUCGCACAGCCAUGAUCGUGGCCAAGCUCCCUGGAGAGGCGGAAAUAAGUCGCGUUACAGUUUCUUCCCCCUCCACACUACUGCGUAACAGCACUAGCAGUAGCAUCAGCACUAGCAAGACAGACGGUGCCGACUAUAGCCGUGUCCAAAACGCCUUCAGACCGCCACGCACCCUUCAGCCUCCACCGGGGACUUUCUACAAACCGCCAGGGAGCCGGGACAAAACGUUAACCCUGGAUCAAACGUUAGUGGACAAAACGUUAACGCAAGAGGAGACGUUAUCAGAAAACACGUUAGAGGUCGAAAGUGCUACAACGAAAGAGGAUGUGCAGAACAUUAUCACCGUCGAGGACGAGGAAGACGACGAGGACGACGACGAGGUGCAGGAAGGAGCGGAGGAGGAGGAGUUCGGCCUGGAGGUCUCUGUGGAUGAAGAUCCUGCACAAGACCCCCAGGUCAGCCAAAUCCAGACCAAACCAGUUUACCCCAGACUGAGAGCGAGACACAUGCAGGACUUUGAGAACCGCGAAGCCCACUUUGUAUGAGAGCUGUAUGUAUAAGUACAUACUGUAUAAAGACACCUUGAGGACAUGUUUUUUAUACGUAUAUAUAAGCUUUAUAUAUAUAUUAAUAUAUUACUCCUUUUGUUUUGGAGACGGCAGCUUGUGAAAUUGGAACAAGCUCAGGAGCCAGUAUUAAUACAGGAUGCACUUAGCUUUCUUAUGCCACAUCAUUAAAAAAAAAAAAAAAAACAGAAGAACAAAGAAAAGGACCUAAACGAGAGGAGACUUGCAAUCAGAAACGUGUCUGUUAUAAACGGUUUUGAAGACACCGCAAGCAGGACUUCAUUGUGCAAUUUCACUUUAUUUUUUAAUCAUUCUCCGUGUACUGAACAUUUAAUAUAUGCAUGUUACAGUGUAUUGUGUAUCUUUUACACCAAAAACUAUUUCAUCAACCAUUUG